AUGAAACACAACAUUUCAGAAGCCUUUAAGGGUACAGAAUCUAAAGAGAUUACUCAGGUCAAGGAUUUCCUUGGCGAAAUUGAGAAACAUUUUGCUAAAAAUGAUAAAAUUGAGAUGACAUCACUUCUAACGUCUUUGAUUUCUAUGAAGUAUAAGGGUCAAGAAAACGUGAGGGAGUACAUUAUGGAGAUGUUUCAUGUUGCUUUAAGACUUAAAGCACUUAAGAUCGAGCUUUUUGAGGAAUUGCCUGUUUUUAUGGUUUUGGUAUCGCUUCCUGCACAGUUCAAUCAAUUUAAAAUUAGUUAUAACAGUCAAAAGGAGAAAUGGACUUUAAAUAAGCUCAUUUCUCAUUGUGUGCAAGAGGAAGAAAGGUUGAAGCAUGAUAAGUCUAAAAGUGCUCAUUUGGCCAAUGCCCCUAAAGACAAGGGCACGAAAAGAAAAUAUCAUAAUGAAGUUAUUAAGGGUCCAGCUCAAAAGAAACAAUAG